AUGUCUCUUACCGAACAUAUUGAACGGCUUCGAUCGAUCCUAAGUUCUGAUGAAAUCAUAGUCCCUGGUUCAGACUUGUACAGAGCAGAGUCUCUGCCAUGGGCGGCACAGAAAGACCUGAAACCUGCCACGGUCAUUCGUCCCACGAAUACCGAGUCAUUGAGCAAGGCUUUGGCGUACCUCUCAAAAACAGACCUAUGCCUUGGCAUUCGCAGUCAAGGCGUUGGUUCGGCUUCGGCAAAGGAUGUCUUGAUAAGCAUGACAGCAUUUGAUGAUGUUGACUUCGAUCGGCAAAAUGAAAUCGUGACGGUAGGAGCUGGACAAAGCUGGGGUCAAUAUUAUGAGAAGAUGGACAGGAUCGCCCCAGAUUUUGCGACUGUAUCUGUUCGUACGCCCAGCGUGGGCGUGGGCGGAAGCAUUUUAGGUGGUGGAUAUUCCUGGCUCUCCUCAGAAUAUGGCUUGACCUCAGACCCCGCCAAUCUCCUCGACGCCCAGGUUGUCAAAAUUGACGGGACUGUCCUUUGGGCGUCCGAAGACCCAGAACUGCUCUGGGGGCUCAGAGGGACGAAUGGCGCAUUUUGUGUGGUCACUCGGUUCAAGCUUCGAGCUCGCAAGUAUCAGCCUCAGAUCUGGGGCGGGUACAUUUUCAUCCCGAAGACAGAGCUGAGAGCUGUCGUCAGAGGUAUUGCCGCCAUGGAUGCAAGGCCUCCAAAUCCCAAAGUGGCUUUCUGUCUCUUUGUGAUGAGGAAAGAGCAGUUGAUACAUAUGGGUGCUAAAGAAGAUAUGUUGAUGAUCCUUGCGUUUGACGCGCUUGGUGAAACACACGGGAGAAGUGACGCUGGCUUUAAAUGGGCGCUGGAUUGUCCGGGAGCAGUAGACACAACCAAGAUAAUUGGCCUGUCAGGUAUGGCCAAACUGCAAGAAAAUGUUGGUAAGGCCAAGGGUAUGGCCAAUGUUUGGUGGGCUCCACUAGCACUAAGCAGGGUGGAUGAGGCGACACUUCUUCGAGCAUUCGACUGGUAUGACAAUGCCGCUGCUUCACCGGGGUCAGUAGCAAAGCGAGUGCAGUUAUUUUUCGAGAUUUUCACCACACGAGAUUCUCUUGGAUCCAACGUCGAUUCCGCUUGGCCACGUCCUCAAGGCUUUCAGCACAAGAUAACGCUCGGCGCCGGGACGGAUAUCGGAGCGCCUCCAGAAGAAACCGAAAUGGCGAAGAGGCUGGUCAUAGACGGUCCAAAACAGAUAGUGAACACAACAAUGCCGGUUCAAGUCGUACCGAAUGUAAUGGAAGGCUUCCAUGACCCUCUCACCCAGAUAUACCGCCAGCAUUACCCGAGGCUGCAAGCGUUGAAGAAAAGAUAUGAUCCUGACAAUCGACUUGGAGGACCUAUCAGAUUAGUCGAAGCCUCUCAGAAUGAAACCACUUAA